AUUCUCUUCAGCAAGGAAGAUACCACAUAUAACUUGUCUACCUGCGCAGGGAAGUCAUUUGUGUUGCUUCCUGUGAAGAGCACACGCUUGUAAUACGUAGCCUACGUAGACCAACUUCCCACUAGGCACGUAGCACAAGCUUGUAACAUGGCCUUGCUGCACAAGCAACCGGCCACGGGCCGUGUGCCUAUGCGGGGUGAAGCUCCGUCGGUUGCGGUCCGCCCAAGUUCCAGGCGCGUCAUCGCACGUGCAUACGUCGACGAGAAGGCCGCUCCCGCUGGACCGUUCGCUCGCCAAACCUUCAAGAACCAGCUUGAGGCGUUGAAGAGCAUGUCGGUUGUUGUUGCCGACACGGGCGAGCUGGACCUCGUUAAGAAGUACACUCCCGUCGAUUGCACCACCAACCCCAGCCUGGUGUACAAGGCCCUGUCGAUGCCCGAGAACCGCCACUUCCUGGAGAAGGCUCUGAAGGCGCAGACCAAGGCCCCCGAGAACCCUGCUCGGCCGUACGCGGGUGUUGCUGACCAGCUGUCCGUGGACCUGGGCUGCGAGCUGCUCAAGAUCGUGCCCGGCCGCGUGUCCACCGAGGUGGAUGCCAACCUGUCGUACAGCACCCAGCCCACCAUCGACAAGGCGCUGCACCUGAUGGACAUGUACGCCGCCAACGGCAUUGACCCCUCGCGCAUCUACAUCAAGCUGGCCUCCACCUGGGAGGGCAUCGAGGCGUGCCGCGUGCUGGAGCGCCAGGGCAUUAACUGCAACAUGACGCUGCUGUUCUCGUUCGCGCAGGCUGCCGCUUGCGCCGACGCUGGUGCGACGCUCAUCUCUCCCUUCGUUGGCCGCAUCCUCGACUGGUACAAGGCCAAGGAAGGCCGGGACUUCGCCCCCCACGAGGACCCCGGCGUGCUGUCGGUGCGCCGCAUCUACAACUACUACAAGGCGCACGGCUACAAGACCAUUGUCAUGGCUGCCUCGUUCCGCAACGUGGGCGAGAUCCGUGAGCUUGCAGGCUGCGACAACAUCACCAUUUCGCCGCAGCUGCUGGGCGAGCUGGAGAACAGCACCGAGCCGCUGGAGCGCAAGCUCAGCAAGGAGGCUGCCAAGACCGAGUCGGGCAAGCUAUCCAACAUGACCGCGGCCCUGUUCAACGAGCUGCACGGAGCGGACCCGAUGGCGGUUGAGAAGCUCAAGCACGGCAUUGACUCCUUCGCUGCGGACCAGAAGAAGCUGGAGGACCUGCUGGCCAGCAUUGCUGCCGGCAAGCAGUAAACUGAAGACUUGAACAUGAGCCCCCGGCUGGGUCACGUGUUCUGAUGCAUGACUAGUGUGCUCGUGUUACAGUGCUUCGUUAUUUGUUUGUCUAGUCCUGUGCUUAGACGCGGAACCUUUACUGGUGAACCCAGGAUGUUUUCGGUGGUUUUGUUUUUGGUAGGCUUUGUGCCCUUUGAUCCCAAUUUAUUCAAGUGUGUACAAAUCCGCGCUUCUUUUCGGACCUUGUUAAUCACGACAGCUUCACCUUGAUGAAGCGGUUGGGACUGCUUGAUGCCGCAUUGGCUUGCCGCAGACCCGUUGCCCUUGUGGGCAUGCAUAGCCAUUUAGCUCGGGAUCUUGUGUUGUAUGUUUAGUAGCUUGGUGAUGACCGUGGAAGAUACACCUUCCGCAGAAAGCGCUGUUGAAGCGCAGGGGACCCUGCCCGAGCUUGUAACAGACUACGG